CUGCGCAGGCGGGCUGUUGGAGCGGCGGCUGGCAGCUGCAGGCUGGUGGAGACCCGGGGAACCGUGAAAACUCGCCCACUCAGCUGGCGGGGGCCACCUAGCCUAUGAUUGGUCCAGGAGAGGGGAGGGGGCGUGGCGAGGGGCGGUUCCCGGGUGGAAGCCAAAAGUGCAUCCAGGCCAGGCUGCGAACGCGGGCUGCAUCUGGUAGCAGUUGUCUCAGCACAUUCCUUCUGGGACCAGUCCAGCCUUUUAUGUGAGAGCAGAUGGAGGCUGACCUGUCCAGCUUUAACAUCGAUGCCCCCCGUUGGGACCAGAGCACUUUCCUGGGGCGGGUCAAGCACUUCUUCAAUAUCACAGACCCCCGCACCAUCCUGGUGCCUGAGCGGGAGCUGGACUGGGCCAAAGCGAUGGUGGAGAAGGGCAGGGUCGGGGCUGUCCCCCCAGGCACCCCAGUGGAGCAGCUGCUCUAUGCCAAGAAGCUCUACGACUCAGCCUUCCACCCUGACACCGGGGAGAAGAUGAACGUCAUCGGGCGGAUGUCCUUCCAGGUCCCUGGCGGAAUGAUCAUCACGGGCUUCAUGCUCCAGUUCUACAGGACGAUGCCGGCAGUGAUCUUCUGGCAGUGGGUGAACCAGUCCUUCAAUGCCUUAGUCAACUACACCAAUAGGAAUGCAGCUUCCCCCACGUCGCUCAGGCAGAUGGCAGUUUCCUACAUCACAGCCACAACCACGGCGGUGGCCACUGCUGUGAGCAUGAACAUGAUGACAAAGAGAGCUCCACCCCUGGUGGGUCGCUGGGUGCCCUUUGCUGCUGUGGCUGCUGCCAAUUGUGUCAACAUCCCAAUGAUGCGACAGCAGGAGCUCAUCCAGGGCAUCUGCGUGAAGGACAGGAACCACAAUGAGAUGGGUCAUUCCCGGAGAGCUGCGGCCAUAGGCAUCACCCAGGUGGUAAUUUCUCGGAUCGCCAUGGCAGCCCCCGGCAUGAUCCUGCUGCCUGUGGUCAUGGAAAGGCUGGAGAAACUGCGCUUCAUGAAGAGAAUCCGGGUCCUGCACGCCCCGUUGCAGGUUCUGCUGUCCGGGUGCUUCCUCAUCUUCAUGGUGCCCGUGGCGUGUGGGCUCUUCCCGCAGAAAUGCGAAUUGCCAGUUUCCUAUUUGGAACCGGAACUCCGAGACAGCAUCAAGGCCAAGUGUGAAGAACCUGUGCCUUAUGUCUACUUCAAUAAGGGUCUCUAAGUGCUCCAUCCCAGCAAGGACCAGUCCAUACCCCUAUCCACCAGCUCCUCCUUAGCCUCCCUGGAUACCUGUUCCCUCCUUCCUCUUUGCCGAUGGGGCCUUGAAGGCCAGGGUGGAUUUGGGGGGUGAGGGUGGGGGCGGGAGGAUGCCUCAUGCUUCUUCCAGGCACCUGGGCUUAUUGGACUCUAGGGGAUAAAUAUGAACAGGGGAGAAAGGCUAGGUCUUCUGUCCUGCUCUCGCCCGGUCCCCAGCCCCUGGAGACCAGGAGCUGAGACCCCCUUAGGAAGAAGUUGCUGGGACCCUGGGGAAGACACUUAAGCAAACUAUUUGGAAAAAUUAGGAAAACUUUGGGAUUCUGGUUCCAGCCGGGAUUGAGCAAGAAGCCCUCUUCUUUUUCUCACCUGCUCUCGGGUGAGGGAACCUUUCACCCUUGCAGUUCCAGCUCCCUCAGGAAAUGGGAGGGAAGAAACCGGGUCGCCUUGGGCCCCCUCUCUGCUCUUUCCCUUUCUCCUGCGCAGUGCCCCCCGUCAGAAAGCUUCUCUGGGAGUCUUGCUAAACUUGAGUUUAUCAGGCACCCAGGAAUUUUUAGUGGAAAGAAAGAAGAAGAAGAAAAAAAAAAGGGACAUUGUGUGGAGUUCCCUGAUGGCCUAGUGGGUUAAGAGUUCAUUGUUGUCACUGCUGUGGUGUGGGUUCAAUCCCUGGGCCAGGAAUGUCUGCACGCUCUGGGCGAGGCCAAAAAAAAAGGACAUUAUGGAGGCAGCAGAGUUUCGUGGUGCUUCAAGCCAUGUCCGUUGAUACUGGCUUCUUUCUCCUGCCCUAAAAUCAUAUCUGAUUCUGCUUCUCUGUGUCUAAAAGGUAAUUCCACUAACCGUGAGUAAAAAUGAAGGAGGGAGGCAUUCACUGAACAUUUUCACGGGUAUAAUUUCCUGGCUGCCUCCCUUCCUCAGCCCACUGGGUUAACACCAAAGAGAGACUGGUGCGGACUGAAGAGGAAAGGGAAGUUUUAUUUGGACGCCUCUGAGAGGAAAUCAACCAGGACCAAAGAGCCUUAAAGGACACACAGCCGAGCGCAGCCGCUUGCCCGUCUCCGCUUGGCUGCUCUAGGGGAUUUAGCAAGCCCGUGGGGGAGGGCAGGCUGCUGUGGCUGACCUGGGGCCAAUGUCUGUAUGAGUGGACAUUGUCUAGUGGAAUUUACUGACUGAUCAAAGGAUGUCACUGUGAAUCCCAUUUCUUGAAAGAGCACAAUGAAGUCUGUACACUGUGUUAAUAAAGCUGGAUGGAAAGCA